AGUAUAAAAACUUACUGUGGCGCAUCAUCCCACAUUGUUCAGACUCUGAGGGCACAACAACCAUGAAGGCUUUUCUGAUUGCCCUGCUGGCGGCAGUCCUGUGUGCCGAGCAAGCUUCCUCGCUGUUCUGCUACACAUGCGACAACGAGCACUCCAACUACUGUCUUAAAACCUACAAGUGUGAGGACCAUGAGAAAUACUGUAUAACCACAUACAGCUCCGCUGGGUUUGGCAAGGACACAGGACACCGCAUCACCAAGAAAUGUUCUGCAGACUGUCCUGAUACGAACGUGAACUUCGGUAUGGCGGCUUUUUCCACCAAAUGCUGUGGUACCUCCCUCUGUAAUUUCAGUGGUGCCAACAGCGUAAAAAUCAGCUAUGCCGUGAUGUUCCUGGGAAUUGUGGCCAGUUUGGUGUGCGUCAUCAGGGCAGGAUUGUGAGGAGGGGUGGGAGAAGACGUGACAACCCAAGAACCUACAAAAUAUUCCCCAGCUGAGAAACCAACAUCCUCUGACAAGUGUCCCCAACAGGGUCUAUGUCUACCCUGUUUUUUUCCAAGACACUGUUUCAGAUCCCUUCCACAAAAUGGCACGGCAGUGUAGUUCCUAUUUUGUCCCCUGUAUCAUUUGUUGUUUUGUACUAAUUUUCCCUGGGAAAGCUCUUUUGAUAGCAUGCGUGUGA